AACACGUGAAAUUUUAAACUCAAGCCAAAAGACCAAAAAAAAAAUAUUUUGAAUUCCAAACGCGUGCUAUUCAGAAAAUAAAAUAUACAUAAAAAAAAAGGAAGUGUAGAAGAAGUUUAACGUUUUGUCAUCACAUUCCAAACAGUGUGCAGCAGCAACUAUACAAGAAGGCAUUGCAUAUUAUAUUCACCAGAGUAUUAACAUCAACCUAAUUCUUCUUUCUCUCUGCCCUGAGAAGAAGACUCUACCUGACCACAGACAUUCCACUGACCAGUCAGUAUCCAUUACAUCAGAUCAAAAUGAUAUUACGAAGAAAUUCGAUUAUUAGUUCAAUACACACGUUAUUAGUUCUAUGUAUAUAUUUACAAAGUAUAAAAUUUGCAGACACAAGAGCAGUUGUUUUUACGGAAGAACGAGCAUCACGAUUAAUACGAGAAAUUUACCCGGAAGAAGUAACUGUCAAACAAGCAAAAGCUAAUUAUUGUUUGGUGGGAGAUGUUGUAUAUGCAACGGGUGAAGCUGUUGGAUCAUCAGACCCUUGUGAACAAUGUGAAUGUCGAGGACCUGGUGUUGAAUGUAGUCCUAUGAAAUGUCCACCUCCGAAUCCAGGAUGUCGAGCACUUCAUCGGCCUGAUAUUUGCUGCCCAAGUUAUCAAUGUGAAUGUACUUUUGGAAAUCGAACAUAUGCAAAUGGAGAACGACUAGAAGAAACUCCAAACGGCCCAUGCAAAGUUUGUUAUUGCCGUGGUGGGGAAAUUCAAUGCAACGACGUUGGAUGUUAUACAAGAGAUGAUUGUGAACCAGUUCAAGUUCCAGGUCAAUGUUGUCCUAAAUAUGAUAACUGUCCUCCAAGAGAUCAUGUUUCAUCAUCAACAGAAUUGAUACCAAGUAGUAGCAGCAGUGAAACAUUUGAAUUAGAUGAAUCAAAUGCAGGUAAAAUACCUUCUGACGAAAUAAUAAACUCAUCUUAUGAAUCUGCACAAUCUGGCCAAAUUACAUCUUUUGAAGAUGCGUCAGCAGUACAAUCAGCUGAAAUUCAGGAAAGCUCUACGAAAAGCAUAAUAAAAGAAUUGCCAAUCGAAUCACGUCCAAAAAUUACAAUCAAAGAAGUAAUUGCUCCACCAAAACGUGAAAUUAAUGUUGCUAAUACAUACAACGAAAACAGUGAUAAUUCACCGAAAAUUAAAGACGAUGUAGAAAAAGUACGAACAGAAGCAGAAAUUAAAAACGAAUAUCCCGAAAAUGAAUCGUAUGAACAUCCGGCAUCUGUAAUUCGUGUUGGUAAUGAUGUAAUCAUUUACGAAGGUGGUCAAAUAAAACCAGGACAUGAUUUAAGUAGCACACCUGCCUCGUUUAUCAAUGUUAUUGGUGCGGAAGGUUUACAAAUUGGUGGAGUUGACGAUGUACAAAACGAACAUUUUCAUAAUUUUGGUUCAUCAACAGAAGAACCAAAAAUUUCAUCAUCCGAAUCAACCUAUAAAACUCCAACCACGGAAAAUUUAGCAUAUUUAAAAGAAACUGAUGAAAUGGCUAAGCUCAAUACAGAUGUUAUUUUCAAGGAUAGUCAAGAAAAAGUACUACCGACAUCAAUAACUUCAGUUAAAAAACAAUUGAUUGAUGGAAUUAUCGAAGAUCAAAUAACAUCAGAGGGUCCAACAAGAAUUCCAAUUUCCUUUGAAGGGUAUUCAUCAACAUCUAGUGUCGAGGAUGAUUUAUUACUUGAAUCGUCAAUGAAACAGGAACGUGAACACGUUGAUGAGGUAUCAAAUAAUAACAAUCCAAUCCAACAUGAAAAAUCGAAAGAUGAAAUUAAUGAAAAUGCUGAACGAAAUCCAGCAUAUCCACCAUUACCAGAUGAUGUAGACGUCAUAUUAAACGAACAAAAUGAAGAAGACUUGGAUUCUUACAAAACAUCUCAUAUUGAUCAUGGCGUCCCAUCAAAUAAUCCUCUGAUUAAUGCGAAAGCUGCUUUACCAUUAAGUUUGUUGAAGACCCACGCUCCUACAGACUUUGUGGAUGAAAUAACUGAUGAAGAAAUCUCUUCUUCAACAGCCGUUAAUGAAAUUUCUACGAAAUCAGAUGAUUCAAAAAUUUUAUUAACUUCUGAUAUAUUUGACAUUUUAAAUUAUAUCGGAAAUACGACGAAUAAUGAUCAAAAUGAAGAAAAUAAAACACAAUUCGACAUAAGCACACAAGAUUAUUCUGAUUUUGCCUCAACAGCCAGCAGCAAUAGUGAUAUUUCAUCCUUUGACGGGAUAAGUACAAAAAAUUCAUUACUCGAAACAAUUACCACAGAAAAUACAUUAUUAAAAUCGAAGGAAACUGUGGAAGAAGAUGAAGAUAGCGGUGAAAGAGUAACAGAAAAAACACAAUUAUCUUCGUUCAUGUCUUACGAAGAUGCAAGUAUGAUGCAUCAUAAUCCUGACUCAGCAGUAUCUAGUGAUGUUGAAUUAUUGGUAACUCAAGGUCCGAAUACAUCAAGUAACGAUGAAAACAGUGCAAGUGAACAAAAAUCAGUAGAAGUUUCAAGUAAUAAUUCAUAUGAAUUAAAAGACGUUGAAAUGCUUGAAACAAGUAACACCAGUUCUACUGAUCUUGUAACAAAGAGUUAUGAAGCAAUUCAAAAUGGUAGCGAUGAAAACACUGAUGAUGGAUCGUUAAACAAUAGUAGCCAAAUUGUAUCAUCAUCAGAAGACGGUUUAUCCGCUGAAAACGGAACACAAUCGUCCGUAGAAGUAGUACCGUAUAGAACUAGUCAAGAAAAUGAAUUGUUAAUGAAAGUUAGUGAUGCAAUAUCAAAAUUUAAAUUACAUGAAUCGACAGAUUCAUUGGAUAUUAAUGUCUUAAAUAUUUUAAAAGAUUUCCUUGAUAAACAAGCGAAAAGUUUUAAGUAAUUGCAUAUUUUGUUAAAAUUUUAAUUUAUAAACUGUUGAUUAGUCCAAUUGAUAAUAUAUUGAAUGAUUUUCAAUAACGUGAAUUACUUAUAAUGAAACUCACAUUUAUUGGAAUUGAAGAAUAAUUUUGUGGACAGUUGAGCUGUAAAAUAUACAAAAAACUUGUUUUAUAUGAACUGUUGACCUCUUGUUUGUCCCAAUUUCUCUUAGAAUAAGUUCUAAAAUUAUCUCCGUUGCAAGUAAUUUUAUCGAAAGGUUGCGUUACUUUAUUGAAUUCCGUAUGGUUUACAGCAUCUGCUAACGGUUUUUCACUUCAUUAUUAUGUAUUUAGCAUUAUCAACGAAGGCGCGUUAUCAUACGGGACAGCAUCGGGGUAUUUAUAAAGGAACGUAAGCUAAAUGAAUUUUAUCAAAAAACUACUUCUUUUAUAGGAAAGAAUAUACUAGCUAAUUUAACAAUUCCUUGAAGAAGUCUUGCACUCUGAAUUUUAAUUUUUUUG